AUGAAUUCCGCAAUGUUACGGACAUUUGCACUCUGUUGUACUUUACUCUUGUUCAAUAUUAACGCCAUUUUGCCCUGCAAAGGGUCCAAGGAUCUCGAUAUCGACAUCACCAAGCCUGCUUCCUCAUCCAUUGACGUGUUUGAAAGGAAGCCUUACGGGAUACCUGCGAAGGUGUACGUUGCAAAGGAUGGCUACAGGAUGACUUCAGUGGUAGAUGGAGAGAAUCUCCUAUGGAGACAUUCCGGCAGCCAUUCCUGUAGUCACGCCGUUGUAACUCUGAAAGACGAUGGGUCGCUAGGCUCCGCCAAUGUUUACCUGGUGGACGGCGAUGGUGAGAAGAAAUGCCUCUACUUUUCCAAGAAUGCUGGAACAUGGACAGAGACAAAGGAAGAAGACUUUUACGACGCAUUCCACCAAAUGGUACUACGAAAGACGGUCUUUGAGUCCAUUGAGAUUGACAUUGAAAAGAGAGAGACUUGUUCCACGUACUUUGUCACAAACUCUCCCAACUUUCCAUUCCUCGUAUACGUUCCAAACGUCGGUUAUCGCAUAUCGAAAAUCUUCAACGGCAUGUUAAUUUGGGAAGCAAAGGAUGUAAAUGAGAGGUGUAUGUAUCUGUCGCUGUACCCAAAGGAUGAGCCGAAACUGGCAUAUCUCAUAGUCUCUAGUUGGUGUGGUAAAGAGAAUCUAUACCUCCACAAGAUAAACUAUGAAUGGGUGCCCGUACAGGAAGACGAGUACAAAAGUGCUUUGGAGAAGUAUGGACUGGAUGUAUCCACAUUUGACAAUAGGGUGACGAUGGAUAUAUCAAAUGUUGAUCACGAGCUGUUUGAACCCUCGAUUUUCCCCGUCCACAAGCGCAUGUACCCCCUCUACAUACCGUCCCCGGGGCAUACACUUGUCAAGGUGGUAGAUGGGGACAAGAUUCUCUGGGAGUCAUCCGAUGGAGAAUAUUGUCUGCAUGCCAACAUUUCCGAACUCGAGGGAGGGGAUAGAAUCGUGUAUAUCUUUGUAUAUGGCCCCAAAACUGGACGGCAGAUCUUUUACUUUAGGAGACAGGACAACCAGUGGAGAACUGUGGAUUUGCACGAGUAUUCAGCUGUUCUUACUGGCAGAGAUGAUCCAAUGUACACCCACAAGGGUAACGGUAAAAUCAUCAUGGGAAGCUUUAAGAAUAGGCAAGGCCUCAGACUCACAAGUUACGCCUCCAAGGUUGAGAAUGCCAAGGGAGACUUCAUCAUGAUUCACGGCAUCCGUGGAGGAUUCAUACCUGACUUUUGUGCGUCAAAUAUGACCUGGAACUAUGAGCGUUAUGGAUACGACCUUUCACCAGCUGUGAAUCCUUUGGGUGGAUACACAGCCCCUCCAGAGUUUCCCAAUGCUGACAAGUACAGAUACAUUUUUCAAGACCCAUUGACCCAUGGUAAUCCUCUGGAACUCUCGCCAAGAUACGAGUACGAGGGCGGUAUUCUAGAAGCAAUAAACAGACUAGGCUAUAAUGCAUACGGAUUUGAUCUGCAGUCUCACGGUCUCUCAGAUUCCGCUCAGGGCAUCAGAUGCCAUACCAAAAACUUUAAAGACUAUGUCUAUGAUGUGCUUCAGUUUAUUAGUAUUGUAAAGAGGGGUAAAUUUGGAGAUCCUAGUGAAACAUGGGACGAGACGCUGGUAUACGGAUCCCACAAGCUGGAGAGGAGGACCGUACUGUAUGCCAAUUCUAUGGGAGGCAAUCUGAUAAUUCAGGCUGCACAGGAAUUCUACAAGCACGCCAAUGAGGAGACCAAGUUGGUAGACGGUCUAAUUUCCACUGCUGGAAUGCUCAACAUUGACUGCCACAUUUACAAUUGGAAAAAGGUGAUUUCCUUGUACAUAUUAAAGGUAAUCGCACCCAUUAUACCUAGAAAAAUAAAUCCAUACGAGGAUCUCUUGAACUAUGGCGGAAAUUUUGAGCUUUUCCUGAGAUACUGUGACCCACUGCAGUACACCCAUAGGGCCACAUUUGGGACUAUCGACUCCCUAUUCAAAGCAUGCGACUACACAAACGACAGAAAUAACAUGAAGUACUAUCCUAGAAAUCUUCCAACGCUCAUUAUUCACUCCAAGGGAGAUCAGAUGUGUGACAUCAAGGGGCCAAGAAGAAUGGUUGACAAGUACUUUAAGAACAACAAGAACGUAACAUUUGUAGAACUAGAGGGAUCAUUUCACUUUUUAAGCUCUCCACAGUCUGUAUCAUCGGUAUUACCAUACUUUGGCAAGUGGCUGAAUGGGCUGUCCACAAAGCCAUCACUUUCUGGAAAUGAAGUUUCAAUCUCUAGCGAGUUGUAAAAUCAACAACACGGCAAUUUUGAGCAUCUCAGUUGCCUUAAUGCAGUAAUAUUUUAAUUCCU